CACUGGUGAUGCAGAAAACAAUUAUUCUUAUAUUUCUAUCUACUCUCUAACAUAAUUUCAGAACAGGGAGGUUUAUCUUUCAGAAAAACUACGCUCCAAACAUAUUACAGUAGCAUGUAUAUAGGAUAAGAGGACUAGAAAAGAAUCCCUCUAAUUCAGGGAUACACGUACUAAACACCCCAUAAACAGCCUAUCUAGGAAAAGAAAACUAAAACAAAGAGCAUCAUCUAGUCAUUCUAUAUUGACAUCAGCAAAUCAACAGGAAAAAAAUAUUAAUUUCUAAUAAUUAAAUUUCAGAAAUUCUGCACUCCCCUGAUCCCCUUCAAGUUGGGUGUUGUUAACUCGGUAAACAUUGAUCAUCUGAUUUUCAACUCAGUUUUUCAAAGAUGGCUCAACUUUCGCUUUGGUAAAAUUGGUGUUCUCUAUCACCAUUUCCAACCAAACCUUCAUCUCCCUUUUAGUAUUUACCAUGAAAGCUGAUUCAUGCAUGCAUUCUGUAUCUCUUGCCCUUGAGAAGGCCCUGAAGCUUAAAGGGAAUACUGGCUCAAAACGUCAACAUGUGCAUGGUUGCAAUCUCGUUCGUGCGAGGAAGUUUUACGGUUAUCAUUCUUCAGAGGAGCUAUUUAUGAAGAUAUAUUUCUACCAUCCACAGGAUGUUUCUCGUGCUGCAAAUCUUCUUCUGGUAGGUGCUGUACUGGAUAAGAAUUUGCAGCCAUAUGAAUCACAUAUACCUUUUCUCCUGCAGUUCUUGAUUGACUACAAUUUGUAUGGAAUGGGACAUUUACAUGUUUCUAAGAUGAAGUUUCGCCAUCCUGUUCCAGAUGUUUAUUCUCACCAGAAAGUCAAGUACAAUGGUAAACUGAGAACAUCAGGAGAUGACUCCACUUGCAUGGCUUUUCAGGCAGAUUUAGGUGGUGAUUUUUCUUUGGCUACUCCGAUAUGGAUAUCUUCUACGAUUCCUGAUGGAUGGAUAUGGCAAUUUUCAAAUCAACCCAGUUCUUCAGCAGGUGAAGAUAAUCCACUAUUCAGGCGCCAGAGUACCUCUGAACUGGAAGCGGAUGCUGUAGCACAUGAUAUUGUAAAUCAGCAGUUUAUAUCAUAUGUCUCUAUGUCUCAAACCCCUUCCAACACAAAAAUGGUUCAGUCGCUAAUACCAAUAUGGGAGGAAGAACAUGAGGCGAAUGGGGUAACUGAAGUAAUGCUUCUUGAUCCAGAGAAACCACUACCACAAGAUGUUUUAAGGGAUCUGUUAGGUGGGGCUGAGUUUGAAAAAUUUAUGGAAGUGUUUGAUGAUUCAGAUAACUGGUCACUUUUGACUCCUGAGUCAGUUGAGUCUUCAGCGGUUUGUGGAGAUUUUCUCGACCCUGCGGCUGCUAACCUUGAAGAAAGCAGUUAUUUGCCUUCCAAUUAUUCAAAGGCAAUCGAAAAAGUUGGACCUUUAAUAUCAUUAAAGUCACCACUUCAGGAAUUUAUUGCAGCAGAAACUAAUGAGACUGAUGCAGCUUAUCAACUGCAACUAUCUGCCAAUGCGGAACCGUCAACUGCAAAGGAUGAAGAUGCCUUAAGGCUUUUAAAGUGGCUUGCAUCUUCUCAAGCUGCAGAAGAUAUCAACUCUGAUGAUGAGCUCGCUCAUGAGACAAUUUUGAGUCCCUUACUUCCUUCAAAAAACAUUGACAAAGUGUUAGAGAGAGCCAAUGUGGAUUAUGAAAGUGAAUCUCAGAAAGAGUGUCAAGAUAUUCUUGAUUCUGUUGAUAUGCUUAAUAAUGAAGACCGCGACGGCAAACCCUUCCAGCUUGCUGAGUACAAUGAUCCUAACAAACUUUUGAUGAGUAGGGUUAUUCCGCAAGUGGAUGGAUCCAGUGAUGAUCUACCAUCAACUCCCUGCUCAGGCGAGGCACCCAAAACAGAAUAUAGUGAAGCAAAGUCAAAUUUGGAAGCACAAUCAUGGUCUAGAAUAGCCUCAAAGUUGAGCAAUAAGCAUCUAAAUAAAAGACCUCAAUGGGGUUCUUUACCUGUUUGCUGUCAGAAAGUGAGUGACUUUUCACCUCCCAAGGCAAAAGAAGAUUUGGGGACUUCUUGGACUAGAAAUGAAUCAGAUAAACUUCCACUUGUAAAAAUUAAUAAGAAGAAAGAUGUGUGUCACACAGGGCAAGCUAGUGUAAUAGCUGAAUGCUCUACACGGGAUUUGAUGAGGAGAAAACGGUCUUCUCGAGUUGAACUCUCUGAUUAUAGGAGGGAUGCAGAAUAUUGCUCUGAUUCUGAGUAUGGAAGCAGAGACGUAAUCCUUGGCUCAAGGCUGUGGAGUUGUGAUGAAAACAAAAAGGACCUUACUUCACUGACAAACUCACAUGAGAGGAAAAUAAAUUCCAUUGUUGAGGCCUGCGAUGAGGCUUUUUAUAUAAAACCAUCUUGUUCCCCUGUUUCAGGGGAUUUGCAUCGAUCAACUCGUGAGGAUGGCAUAGAUGCAGAAAAUAUGCCAAAAAAUGGAAAUACAGAGUGUGUUGAUCAUAAUUAUAGCUGUUCUGGUGAAUAUUUGCACAGCACUGUUGAUUGUAAUGUGAAUGUCGCUGUCAGCUCAUGCAAGUCUGAACACACUCAUGUUUCAACCCCGGAGACUUUUGGUGAAGUUUUAGGCCACACUAUGCUGCAAACAGGUAUUGUGGAAUCAUGUGCCGUCCCUUCAAACUCAGCUGUAGGUGACCCUGCAUCCAACACUGCCUGCACAAGUGAAAGGUCUCCAACCUCAGUCUCUAUGCACAAGUUGCACGAUGUUCCAGCCGAUGAUUUGAAGGGCAUGGGAAGGGAAACAACUCACACACAGUUUGAAAAUUCACCAUAUUGUGGAAGAGAUCCUGGCAUGUAUGAAGCUUAUGACUCAUCAAAAGAUGUAGACAAGGAAGCUGAAACUGUAAAACUUAUCGCCAUGACCAUUCCCAAGAAACCUCCAACAAUAGAUUGGAAACAGGAGGGCAAGACUGAAGCUCCUUUGUUUCUUAGAAAUGGGGUUAGUAGCAUAGCAAUGUCUCUUCAGGGAAGAUCGGCAAACAAUUUGCUGCCUUUCUUCGAGAGGAAUUGCCUGGAAGAAGAACAAUUUCCAUGUGUUAGCCCUAGAAAAUGUGGGCCUGUCGAUAACCAUGAAGCAGUAAUGGGUGUUCCUGUUCUUUACCAGAAUGAUGGGUCAUAUUUAUACAUGCUGACUCCUGUAAUGUCGCCUCCAUCAAGGCAAUCUGUUGAUAGAUGGCUGUCUCCUGAUUGCUCCGACAUUUUCAGGCACAAGAUAGACUCACCAUCGCGAUUUCUUCCAAUAUCUGAUGGAUUAUCUGGUGAUAUAGUGGACUCACAGGAUUCUCAGGCUGAUGACAGUAACUCCAUCCUGCCCGAGUCUGCUUAUAUGCCAAAGCGAAAUCAACCACCAGAGCAUAAUCAAGAGACUAAGAGGAAACUAGAAAGCAGCUGCUCACUAGAUACCUCUCAGAUAUCUGGUCCUGAUAAAAAGAUGAGGCUAACUCCAUUAAGUCAGAUUGGUUUUCGAGAUCCAGCAAGUGCGGGUCAAGGACAGCAGCUUACAUUGCUUAGUGUGGAGGUACAGGCUGAUUCUAGAGGGGAUUUAAGACCGGACCCUCGAUUUGAUGCCAUCAAUGUUAUCGUUCUUGUUCUUCAAGAGGAUGAUGAAUCUAUGUUUGAUACUUAUGUGCUUCUGCGGUGGGAUUCUGCUAAUGUAGAAAAGGACCUUGAUGCAGUUUCAGAGUCCAAGAAAUUUGUUUUCCCAGAAGAAUUACAAUUGUUUAAUCAUUUCACGAAGCUAAUCCAUGCUUUUGACCCUGACGUUCUUAUGGGCUGGGAUGUUCAAAGCGGUUCCCUUGGGUUUCUGGCUGAAAGGGCAGCACAUCUUGGCAUCGGUUUGCUGAAUAAUAUAUCGAGGACACCAUCUCGAAUCAAUAUCUCUUCUACAGAUUCUAGGGCUUCUGAAAAAGAAAAAGAUUCCAAAUCGGUAACUGCUGAAAUACCCUAUCUCGAGAACUCAAUAAUUGAGGACGAGUGGGGCCGGACGCAUGCCAGUGGUGUUCAUGUUGGUGGCAGAAUUGUGCUUAAUAUCUGGAGACUAAUGCGUAAUGAAGUUAAGCUUAACAUGUACACAGUUGAAGCUGUUGCCGAGACAGUGCUGAGGCGAAAAAUUCCGUACAUCCCUUGGAAAGUGCUAACAAGAUGGUUUGCAAGUGGCCCUGGACGAGCACGGUAUAGAUCUAUUGACUAUACAAGUGAGAGAGCAAAGUUGAAUUUACAGAUUCUGAAUCAGCUGGAUAUGAUCAACCGAACAUCAGAACUAGCUCGAGUAUUUGGUAUUGACUUCUUUUCUGUACUAUCUCGAGGUUCACAGUAUCGUGUCGAAUCAAUGUUUUUGCGUUUAGCGCACACACAGAACUAUCUUGCCAUUUCCCCCGGAACCCAACAGGUUGCCAGUCAACCAGCAAUGGAAUGUAUACCGCUUGUUAUGGAGCCAGAAUCAAGGUUUUAUGCAGAUCCUGUCGUCGUUCUGGAUUUUCAGUCUCUUUAUCCAUCAAUGGUAAUUGGAUAUAACCUUUGCUUUUGUACAUGCCUGGGAAAGAUCACACCUCCAAAAACACACGGACUUGGCGUCAGUUCGUAUUCACCAGAUUUAAAAACAUUGCGCAAUUUGAAACACGAGUUGCUGGUAGCUCCAAAUGGUGUCGCCUAUGUUCCUUCAAAAGUCCGGAGAGGUAUACUGCCUAGGCUGUUAGAAGAGAUAUUGUCAACCAGAAUCAUGGUGAAACAAGCAAUGAAAAAGCUGGAUCCAUCUCAGCUAGUUCGACACAGGAUACUAAAUGCUCGACAACUUGCUUUAAAGCUUAUAGCAAAUGUCACUUAUGGCUAUACAGCUGCUGGGUUUAGUGGACGCAUGCCUUGUGCUGAACUUGCAGAUAGUAUCGUGCAGUGUGGCCGUAGAACUUUGGAAACUGCAAUCUCGUUUGUAAACUCAAAUGACAAGUGGAAAGCGAAAGUCAUUUAUGGUGAUACAGAUAGCAUGUUCGUACUCCUUAAAGGGCGGUCUGUUCAAGAAGCAUUCACGAUUGGACGAGAAAUUGCAUCAGCAAUAACUGAAAUGAAUCCGAGUCCCGUCACGUUGAAAAUGGAAAAGGUUUACCACCCCUGCUUCCUCCUUACAAAGAAGCGAUAUGUGGGUUACAGCUACGAGAGUCCUGAUCAGAGCAAGCCGAUCUUUGAUGCUAAGGGCAUCGAGACAGUUCGAAGAGAUACAUGUGCUGCUGUAUCUAAAACCAUGGAGCAGUCAUUAAGGAUCUAUUUUGAAAGCCAGGAUAUAGAUAAGGUAAAAACUUACGUGCUGCGUCAGUGGACGAAAAUAUUAUCCGGCAGGGUCUCCAUUCAGGACUUUGUUUUUGCAAAGGAGGUUCGCCUAGGUACUUAUGCUGAACGUGCUUAUUCACUUCCACCAGCAGCAAUUGUGGCCACUAAAUCACUGCGCAACGACCCUCGGGCAGAACCUCGGUAUGCUGAGCGGAUACCUUAUGUAGUGAUCCACGGUGAGCCCGGUGCUCGUCUAGUAGACAUGGUGGUCGAUCCGUUUGAACUUCUAGCCAUCAGUUCGCCUUUCAGAUUAAAUGAUAUCUAUUACAUCAGGAAACAAAUCAUCCCAGCUCUGCAGAGAGUGUUUGGACUGGUUGGAGCUGAUCUGAACCAGUGGUUUCUGGACACGCCUCGCCCAGUGCGCGAAGCUGCUGGGAAACGCCAAUCCCUCGCACAGAAUCCACAGAGGAUGAGAAUCGAUUACUACUACUCAUCCAAGCACUGCACACUCUGUGGUGAGUUAGUUCAAGGAUCAGCUCAUCUUUGUGGUGACUGUUCCAAGAAUGAAACAACUGUUGCUAUAGCCUUGGCGGGAAGAACUUCGAAGCUCGAAAAGAAUAUCCAACACCUUGCUGCUAUAUGUCGUGAUUGUGGAGGAGGGGAUUGGGUUGUUGAAAGUGGAGUGAAAUGCACUUCAUUGGCGUGCUCAGUUUUCUAUGAGAGAAUCAAAGUCCAGAAAGAAAUGCAGUCGCUUUCUGAAGUAGCUACGGCAACUGGUUUCUAUCCUAAAUGCAUGGUAGAAUGGUUCUAACUCUUCGCAUUAUUAUCUACUUAAUAGUAAUGGUUUUUUGUUCAAGGUUUAUGCACAUGUAUGUACCUACAUAUAAAUACAAAUUAUAUACAGUUAUACUAGAAUAUUUGGCACAUAUGUAUACUAAUGUUAGAUUAGAUUUGAUCUUCUCCUUGCCAUUUGUCUUAUUGGUAUGAAAAGGCUUUUAGAGAAGAUUGAUGUAGUUAUUGUAAUUUGAUGUGAAUGCAUUAUUUUGUAGUUUGGUGUA